AUGAAAAAUGAAGCAGUCUUUAAAUAGAAAAUUUUGCAUUUCUUACUUUUUAAAGGUGAAAUAAGAAUAUAUAAAAUUGGAGGUGAUUUGAUAGUUAUAUAUUCAAAACUACCUAUUAACUAAAGGAGAUAAAUUUGA